CGGCGAGCUCCGGAGAGUGACUCCCCGCGCGCUCACUUCCGCGUCCCGCCGCCGGCCGCCGCCAUCGGACAAUGGGCCGCGCGCCGCGGCUGCAGUGAGCUCUGCUGGAUCCGGCCGCCCGCCCCAGGCCAGGGGCUGGCCAGCGCGUUUGCAAGUUCGGUUGCCGGACGGACGUGGAUGUGAGUUUCUGUUUUCUGUGUACGUUCUCUGUCUUCUUUCGCCUGUUUUGGGGUUUUGUGACUUGGAGAAGGGAACUUUUCUAAGCAGGCCGGGCACGGACUGAAGGCUACUCUGCCCCCACGUGGACGCUCCCCAGGGGAAAAAAAGAAGUCUGAAAGUAAACUUAGCCCCGCCGGCCUGAAGGCCUCAACUUUGGCUGGACUGUUAAGUUUUGGAGUCAUGACCUUCUCGCUGAGCAGGUGGGAAUCUCUAUCUGCCUUGGGCUGGACCUGAAACCUCAGCGGGCACCCAAAUCUCCCCCACCCCAUACACCCCUUGUACCAGGGCUAGGCCCCGGACAGUGAUCCACAACAUGGACAAAUACGAUGAUCUGGGCCUUGAGGCCAGCAAGUUCAUCGAGGACCUGAACAUGUAUGAGGCCUCCAAGGAUGGGCUCUUCCGGGUGGACAAGGGUGCUGGCAACAACCCAGAGUUUGAGGAAACUCGAAGGGUGUUCGCGACCAAGAUGGCCAAAAUCCACCUCCAACAGCAGCAGCAGCAGCAGCUUCUACAGGAGGAGGCCCUACCUAGGGCAGUCAGAAGCCCUGUCAACGGUGGGAACCGUCAGAGUGUGAGCACCAAGCUGGCUGCAGAUGGGGCGGCUAAGCCUCCUCUGGCUGUGCCAACAGUGGCACCUGGAUUAGCUACCACUUCUGCGGCCGUGCAGCCCUCAUACCCAUCUCAGGAGCAGAGGACCAGGCCAUCUGCUCAUGGUGCAAGACCUGGCAGUCAGAACUGUGCUUCCAGGGAGGGGCCUGUGAGUUCCCAGAGACCUGCUUUACACGGUCUGGGUCCCUGUGAAGACCCUUCCUGCCUCACUCACGGAGACUAUUAUGACAAUUUGUCUUUGGCAAGCCCACAGUGGGGUGAUAAACCAGAGUCCCCUAGCAGCGUGAGUCUGAGUGUAGGGAGCGGAUGGCCUGGUUGCCCAGGGAAUGAUUCCCAGUUGCCCAGAUCCUGUGGGGACCGUCACCCUUACCAGCCACAGCUCUCCAUGUGCUCUGGCAGGUCUUUUGAAAGUGGCAUCAGUGGCCAAGACGGUGGCAUGGGUGGCCAUAGCAGUGAGAAGCCAACAGGCCUUUGGUCCACUGCCUCUUCUCAGCGGGUGAACCUCGGCUUUUCUUCCAUGGGCUUGGAGAAUGGGACCUCAGCUCAAGCCAAGGGCACAACCGUUUCAGCACCGACGGUCCUUAGCAGCACUAGCCAAGGAGCUUGUCCCAGAAGAGAUUCAGGUCUGGGAUAUGAGGCCUCAGGCAGGGUCUCCAAACCCCUUGUGGACACUCAGCCUUGGCUCCAGCAUGGGCCCGAGUCUUACCUCUCUGUUUCUGCUCCAUUAUCCUCAGCAACUGGCAAGGACAGUGCCCAGACAGGUGUGAACACUGGGCUGGAUCCUAAGCUUGGAUGUGUGGAGUCUGGCACUAGUCCCAAGCCCAGCCCCACCAGUAAUGUCCAUCCGGGAAUGUCCACUCCGUCUGACUUAUCUUGUAAAGAGAGUCCUCCCAGCUGGUCCACUGACAGUAGCCUGGGACCUGUGCUCCCAGAGAGCCCCACCCCCUCCAGGGUGAGGUUGCCCUGCCAGACCCUUGCACCAGGCCCUGAGCUUGGACCCUCCACUGCGGAACUGAAAUUAGAAGCCCUCACCCAGCGUCUGGAGCGAGAGAUGGAUGCUCACCCCAAAGCGGACUACUUUGGAUCCUGUGUGAAAUGCAGCAAAGGGGUGUUUGGAGCUGGCCAGGCCUGUCAGGCCAUGGGAGAUCUCUACCAUGAUGCAUGCUUCACCUGUGCAGCCUGUAGCAGGAAGUUAAGAGGAAAAGCCUUCUAUUUUGUCAAUGGCAAAGUAUUCUGUGAGGAAGACUUUUUGUACUCUGGUUUUCAGCAGUCUGCGGACAGGUGUUUUCUUUGUGGACACCUGAUCAUGGACAUGAUCCUACAGGCCCUAGGGAAGUCCUAUCACCCUGGCUGUUUCCGCUGCAUCAUCUGUAAUGAGUGUCUGGAUGGGGUUCCUUUCACCGUGGACUCUGAGAACAAGAUCUACUGUGUCCGAGAUUAUCACAAGGUGCUGGCCCCCAAGUGUGCAGCCUGUGGCCUUCCUAUCCUUCCACCAGAGGGCUCAGAUGAGACCAUCAGAGUUGUGUCCAUGGACAGAGACUACCAUGUAGAGUGCUACCACUGUGAGGACUGUGGUCUGGAGCUCAAUGAUGAGGAUGGUCACCGCUGCUAUCCGCUGGAGGACCACCUGUUCUGUCACUCCUGCCAUGUCAAGAGACUGGAGAAAGGACCCUCACCUGCACCCCUCCACCAGCACCACUUCUAGCAAAGAGACACAGUGGGGAUGUGGGCCAGCCUGCCUGGGGAGGUGUCUGUGUAGCACUUCUGAGCUCCCCCACAGCUGGGGGAAGGAAGAGGAGGGACAGGAGGUAGAGUUCCCGUGUGUGUGUGUGUGUGUGUGUGUGUGUGUGUGUGUGUGUGUGUGUCUGUGUAGGGUAUCUUUCUUUACCGUAGCAGUGUGCACUCCUCCUCCAGUCCAUGUGUUUUCCAAGUGCUUUUCCCUAUUGCCACACACUCGCCAAAUCACUCAGGAAGAUGCUCCAGCUUGCACAUGGCGCCUGACACAAGCUGGGGCCUGUGUAACUGGACACAUGCUACUCCUUGGAAAGCAGGUUUUCAGAUCGUGUUGAGCACAUUCCACAGUGUCCCUAAAGAGCAACAGUGAUGGAGGUGAGCAGCACUUCCGUCUAGGAGAAUGCCUGCACCCAGGUGACCCUCACACAGCCUAUGGCAUGAGUUAACAGUUCGGUCCACUUUAGAGCUUCUGAGAGUGCUUUGAACAUUUGACUGCAUUACAGCAAGAAAGAGGCACUGCAUAUGCUCUGUGCCUUGGCGUCUGCUUGGUAAGUGAGAGCCAAGCUUAGACAUCUGGGAGGCUGGGUCUCCCUGUUGUGCCUCUGUCUUUCCUCCUGCACCUAAGGCAGUGGAGCUGGGGCCGAGGCCUGCCCUGUCCUAUACAGCCAGCUCAGAGAGAACUGGUGCAGGCACCAGGCUUCUUGUUCACACUUGGUGCUGCGUUUUCAUGGCUUCCUCAAGGUGAGUCUGAGGAUCUCAUGCCUUCAGAUCCCUGUCAACGUUUUCAACUUAUUUGAGCAUGACCGUUGGGAAUUCCAUCCAGUCCAUAUCCUGGGAGAAAGCUCCUUCUAAAAGGAAAGUUUUGUGUGUGAGAUCUCAAAGCUAGCACCAGAGGGAGUGCCCGAGCUUGUUUCAAAGGUAUCUCUCUUGUGCACUUCUCAGCACAGACAUUCAUUUGGUUUGAGGAAACCAAUAUAAGGUACACUGCUUUAGUCUGUUUUUAAAAACUUUGUUAUUUUUCUCUACCUUUUUCCACACACAAAACAUACCUCACAGAUAGUUUUCACCAAACGCUGAUCAAACAGGAAUUCAUCGUAUCGGGAGACUGUUGGUGUAUCAGCAGUGGCCAUUUCCAGCUUCACUACAGCGAAGUAGUGUAGUCGAAACACAAGGUCUUCUGAAGAUGCAGAUGAAGUCAGGCCUCAUGUGCCUCUGCAUUGCUGGCUCCCAGGGUAGUCAGGCUAAGAGGGAGACCAGGUGCUGGCAACAUUAGGACCACUUCUGAGGUGGAUAUGUGGACAUACCUGUCCUCCCAACAUUUGAGAGGCUGAAGUUUGUGAAGUAGUUUUAAGUCUGUCCUCAACUACAUGAGGCCAUGACCUCACUCAAAAAAGAAAAAAACCUUAAAGAGAGAAAGGAAAAAAGCAACAAAAAACCCACCCAGCACUGAAGAAUAUAAUUAACUUUGUCUAUCACUUCCUGAGGCCAGAGGUCAGUGUCUCCUUGGAAGUUCAAAUGGGUAAAACUGGAAAAACAAAAAUGAAAUGGGUUUCUAUCUGCUGUCUCAUCUUCAGGGAGUGCCCCAUGACUUGUGGCAAGAAGGCUGGAGUAUCUCACUUCAGCUGUCAGGCUGGGUACCCGGCAACUGGCUUAGGGGGUGAGCCAUGGUCCAGCCUCUGACACAUGUGAAUGUGGGCUCCUGACUAGGCCUCAGCUACACCUGUAGGCUAUUGCAAUCCUGCUGGCCUUCAUUGCCUAUCAGAAGCUCAGAACUAGGACUGUGGACCAGGACCAUGUUUUUCAUUUUUAUAAGGUUCCUUCUGUUGGGAUCCUUUGGCCAGAUGUUACUUGUUUCCUGUUCUAGACAGAACUCCUUAAGAAAUAAAGCUAUGACUAUAUGGGGCAACAGAGAUAGACCCUGAGACUAGCCAUGUUUUUUCUCUUCUAGUUACCUAGGUUGGCUUUGGCAAGGCUGGCAGGGAAAGGAAACGAGACAAUAUUGAGGCUCUGGUGUAUUCUAAUUUUGAGUCAAGAUGAUUGAUGAAAAUUGCAUUGGAAUUAGUGCCAGAAGUAGAUGGGAUUUGUUUGCAAAUUGAAUAAUUUAAAACGCUGUGAUUAAUUUUUAAAUGAAAUUCCUGAUUGAGGCGAUUCAGAUCUGUUUGCAAAUUUUAUAUUAUCAAAAAAGCAAUAAAGGAAUUUGCAGACUUCCCAAAACCCCCAAGACUGUCUUCUUUGACUGUUUGCUGGAGAAGGC